AUGCGAACCUAUCACUCCCUUCUCCAAAUCCCCAUUCCGACCAACCUUUCCCUAACCCAACUGCUCCAUACUAGCACCCGGCCAUCUCUCCCACCAUCGCACCUCAUAGCCACCGACUCCCUUACCCACCGCUCCACCACCCUCGGCGAACUCCGCUCGCGCUCCGGCCAAAUCGCCCACGGCCUGUGUAGCACUUUCCACUCUAAAGACCAGUCGCACUGGGCCGUAAUCCUCCCUAAUAGUGUCGACUACAUCGAAAUCGUGCAUGCCAUACUCUGGCUAGGAGGCGUCGUAUGCCCAAUCAACCACGCAAUCGUCGCCUCUGAAAUUGCACACGGAUUUAGCGUCACACGGCCAGAAUACUGCAUAGUCUAUGGUCCUGUGGUACCAAAGGUGGAGGAAGCGAUUGACCUUGCGGAGGAAGAUCUUAGGGCCCAAGGUGUGGGAUGGAGCCGCCCUACCAUCAUCACAGUCGUGGAGCGGGUCAAGGGAUAUCUGCAUAUUCCGGAUGACUUCUUCCCAGGGGAUGUGCUGCCAAUACCGGAAUACGAAGACACGAGGGAAAGACUCGCAACAAUACACCUCAGUUCUGGGACGACGGGUAAGCCGAAAGGUGUGGAGCUUACGCACUAUAAUUUCGUUGCGAAUGUGAAACAGUUGGAAGCUCAUGAUGCGAAGCAAUUCCACAGGGGGAGUAGAAUAGUGGCCUUUACACCGUUUGCUCAUAUUGGGAAUACUACGUUUCCCCUGUUCUUUGGACCGUAUAUGGGGAUUCUGCAUCAUGCAAUGCCGCAAUUCGAUCUUGAGCGUUUUGGCCAGCUCGUCGACAGCGUUAAACCCACGAUUUUCCAAGGUGUUCCUUCAGUCGUCCUCUCUUUUGCAAACACAGACCUCGCAGCACGAUACGACUUCUCCAAAGCAGAGAAGAUCGACUGCGGAGGUCCACCAUUCAAGAAAGAGAUGCUGGAGCGUCUGAUGGUAAAGGCUCCGUGGAGGAUAAACCAGGUAUACGGAAUGACAGAAGGGGCGGGAUACGUUGCAUAUCAACGGUCAGGCGACGCGCAACCAGAGGACGUCGUUGGUCCUCUAUUACCAAAUCUGGAGAUCGUAUUGAGGAUAAAUGAUGGAAGGGAAGAUGCGCCAGUUGGUGGGCCAGGGGAAAUGUGGAUAAGAGGGCCCAAUAUAACGCGGGGUUACGCGUUUAGCCCCGAGGCUAAUAAAUCCGCGUUUCCAGUAAAGGGAUGGUACAAUACUGGCGACGUGUGCACCAUUUCUGACAAGGGUGUUAUUGCUGUCGUGGGAAGAACAAAAGAGCUGAUCAAAUACAAGGGCUUCCAAGUAAGCCCAUCAGAGCUGGAAGCAUAUCUGAACUCACACCCCUACGUCAUGGAAAGCGGCGUUGGGGCUGUGUUCGACGAAACGCAGCUCACGGAACUACCCACCGCUUAUGUAAUUCUCAAAGAACAUCUAACCCAUGAAAUAGUGAGGAAACAGGCUCUGAAGGAGAUACAAGAGACGGUAGACAACAAAGUUAGCGGGUAUAAGAAAUUAAGAGGGGGUGUGUGGGAGGUAAAAGCUCUCCCAAAGAAUCCAACUGGGAAGAUACUGCCCAGACGCAGUGCGAACUUGCAAAGAAGGUGCGAGGCUAAGGGCACCUCAUUCAUCAAUGCCGCAUUUUCUAAUAUAGAAAGAGCCAACGCGGUGAACAAAGUUUAUCAAAAGAACCAAGCAUUAGCCUCAUGCCCCAAUACUAAUAUUGGAGAGCAGAGAGGCAAAAUUGCCUAA